UCAUUGUCCGCUUGUGGCUUGACUUGACAAUUUCUUUGUGCUUACUGAGGUCGCUCAUUGUAAAUUCCCGUUACUUCACUUUCGUAAAUCAUAUAACAAAGGCUUCGAAUUAAUAGAGACGGUGAAGCACGACUUUUGGCGAAGUCUAUGUCGGGAUCCGUCUACGUUCAGCGCGGAGUGCAGUGACACAGAUCUCUAUUUGUGAUCAUAUUUUAUUGAUUAUAUUUUAUUAACGUUGUUGUGCAACACUUUGUUUUUAUGCUGUUCAUUUAUUAGAACAUCGGUUAACUGGUGAGCUAGCGGGGACAUUUUCGUGCAGAGGGCUCAAACAAGAGUGAGCCGUGUCUUGGGGUAAAAGCAACCCGGGCACUACGGUGGCCCCAGACACCCCGGCGCCAGCGCCCCAGCCCCCGGAUGUGGUUGCAGGGGUGCUGGAGAUGACGGGCGCGGACAACAUGCGCUUUAGCGGCCACACCCUCGACAAGGCCACCAAGGCCAAGAUGACGCUGGAGAACUUCUACACCAACCUCAUCACGCAACACCUCGAGCGCCAGCAGCGGUUGCACAAGCUGGAGGAGUCGCUCAAGGAUGAAGCGUUGACGGAGGCCCAGCGCACGGAAAAGCGCCAGCUGCACGCUCAGAAAGAAACAGAGUUUCUGCGGCUCAAACGCUCGCGGCUCGGCGUCGAGGACUUCGAGCCGCUUAAAGUCAUAGGGCGCGGCGCCUUUGGGGAGGUGCGCCUCGUGCAGAAGAAGGACACGGGCCACGUUUACGCCAUGAAGAUCUUGCGCAAGGCCGACAUGCUCGAAAAAGAGCAAGUGGCCCACGUACGUGCGGAGCGGGACGUGCUCGUGGAGGCUGACCACCAGUGGGUUGUCAAGAUGUACUACAGCUUCCAGGAUCCCAUGAACCUGUACCUCAUCAUGGAGUUCCUGCCCGGCGGCGACAUGAUGACGCUGCUUAUGAAGAAAGACACGCUCAGCGAGGAGUGCGCGCAGUUCUACGUGGCAGAGACUGCGCUGGCCAUCGACAGCAUCCACCGGCUGGGCUUCAUACACAGAGACAUCAAGCCCGACAACCUGCUGCUGGACGCACGUGGCCACAUUAAGCUAAGCGACUUCGGGCUCUGCACGGGGCUCAAGAAGAGCCAUCGCACGGACUUCUACCGCGACCUGUCGCGCGCCACGCCCUCUGACUUCAACUUUUUCUCCGUGUCCACGUCUUCUUCGGCGCUGGACUCGAAGCGGCGUGCUGAGUCGUGGAAGCGCAAUCGGCGCGCGCUCGCUUACUCUACCGUGGGCACGCCCGACUACAUCGCGCCAGAGGUCUUCCUGCAGACCGGAUACGGACCACAGGCUGACUGGUGGAGCCUUGGAGUCAUAAUGUACGAGAUGCUGAUCGGGUACCCGCCCUUCUGCUCGGAGUCACCGCAGGAAACGUAUCGCAAGGUGAUGUCGUGGCGGGAGUCGCUCACCUUCCCGCCCGAGAUCCCCAUCAGCGAGGAGGCUCGUGAGACCAUAAUGCGCUUCUGCUCCGAGCCCGACCGCCGGCUGGGGUCGCAACGCGGCAUCGAGGACGUGAAGUCGGUGGGUUUCUUCCGCGGCGUGGACUGGGGCCACGUGCGCGAGCGUCCCGCCGCAAUCUGCGUCGACGUACGCUCCAUCGACGACACCUCCAACUUCGACGACUUCCCCGACGUCAAGCUCGAGAUACCGUCAGCGCCCAUCGCUACUGAGGGCGAGGUUGCGUACAAGGACUGGGUGUUCAUCAACUACACGUUCAAGCGCUUCGAGGGCCUCACACAGCGCGGAACGCCCAACAAGAAGUGAGCGUCACUAACGCAGGCGCCGCAGCCGCAGCAACCGCAGCCGGAGGCGCA